UCCCCAUCAUAAUCGAGCGGGGUAUUGCAUCCUUCUGCAACCAUCGAUCUUCAGCUUCAAAGAUGAACGAUGGAGCCCAAUCUCCUGCGGCUUGUGAUCCCAACGUUGAGGAUCCGGCUGAGGUUGAGGACGAUCCUUCUUCCACCCUCCUUGAUCUCACCAGCUGUCAACUUCACGACCUCGACUCCGUCGACUUGCCUCCCUACCUCACCGAAUUGGACCUGACCACCAAUCGCUUAUCCGCCUUGGACCCUCGCAUAGCCCACCUCUCUAACCUCAAGAAGCUUUCUCUUCGUCAGAACCUUCUCACUGAUGCUGCCGUUGAGCCCCUUUCUACCUGGCACGACAUUGCCGGUCUUGAGGAGCUGGUGCUACGUGAUAAUCAAUUAAAAAAAAUUCCUGAUGCCAGCAUAUUUGAGAAACUAUUGGUUUUUGAUGUUUCUUUUAAUGAAAUUACUUCACUGACUGGAUUGUGCCGGGUCACCAACAUAUUGAAAGAGCUCUAUGUAUCUAAGAAUGAGGUGAUGAAGAUGGAGGAGAUCGAUCACUUUCUUGAAUUGCAGAUUCUUGAGCUUGGCUCUAACAAAUUACGGGUAAUGGAGAAUUUGCAGAACUUGACAAGUCUUCAGGAGCUUUGGCUUGGACGUAAUCGAAUUAAAGCUGUAAACUUGUGCGGGCUCACAUGCAUCAAGAAAAUCAGCUUGCAAAGCAAUCGCCUGACCUCAAUGACAGGAUUUGAGAGUUGUGUAGCUCUAGAAGAACUAUACUUGAGCCACAAUGGCAUCUCAAAAAUGGAAGGCCUGUCAUCUUUAGUCAACCUUCGUGUUUUAGAUAUAUCAUCAAAUAAGCUAACAUCAGUGGAUGAUGUACAGAACCUAACACAACUAGAAGAUCUAUGGCUUAAUGACAAUCAGAUAGAAUCACUUGAGGGAAUUGCUGAAGCUGUUGCUGGUUCAAGAGAGAAGCUUACCACUGUCUACCUGGAAAACAAUCCAUGUGCUAAGUCUCCCGAGUAUCUUGGCGUUUUAAGGCAAACCUUCCCCAACAUCCAGCAGAUUGAUUCCAAUGUAUUUUGUUAGAAGGGUCAUAGCUUAAGCUUUUAUGAAAAUUAAUAGCUUUUGAAGCUUUGGCUUGUCAUAUCCUUGGGUGAGGUUUGAGUUGAAAGAUUUUUUAUUUGAAACUGUCUACCUGAUGAGAAGAAGGGGCUGUAAAAUCCUUAGGCAUUCAUGUGGCCUGACCAUCAGUUCCUGCUGUGACAACUACGUUUUUAGCUGUUAUAUUUAUUGCCUUGCAUAUCACAUUCCAUUUUA